AAUGCUGAAGGCGAGAGAUCUCAGCAGUCCUUGGCAAUGGAGAAGUGAAAAGAAGAAGGAAGGAAAGGAGGAGAGGAGAGGAGCCGGGGGGCAGACCUAAAGGUUGAAAGAGGAGCAAAGAAGCCGACGGGGUGACAAGGAGAAGACGAAGGGGAGGGCUGGCAGCAGGCAGCGAGGACUGCAAAGAGUGUGUGUGUGGACGGGGGAAGAGCGGCUGCAGAAAGAGAGCAGCAGCAGCAGCAGCAGCAGCAGCGAGGGCUAGAGAAGCGGAGCUGAAGCGAGGGAGAAGGCGGGAGAGGGCAGACAAGGGAGGAAGAAGAGGAGAAGUGGGGCAGAGAGAAAAGGGAUAUAAAAUUAUAAAUAAAUGGGAGCCAGGCAGAAGGAAAUAAAUAAAUAAAGGAGACAAAGAAGUCGAGGAGGGAGCCCAAGAGGCAGCGGCAGGAAGAGGAGCAGCAGAGAGAGAGAGAGAGAGAGAGAGAGAGAGAGAGAGAGAGAGGACGGCGAGAGCGACGGGAGGCUGCGAGAAGCCAAGCUCAGCGAGUGAGUGACGGGGGGAUGUGGCAGGGAGGAUAAGAAGCGGCGGGCAAGAGCCAGAGAGAAGCAGAGAGACUUUGAGAAGGAAGGGCGAGGAAGAGGAAGCAGGAGAGCCAGCCCAGCAGCAAGUGGGGGCCGCCGGAGGGUUGAGCAGCGGCGACGGCGGCGGGAGGGGGCAGCAGCAGCAGCAGCAGCAAGGAAGCUCGAGAGGAGGUGCUGGGCACUGCUCCCGGGAAUGCCUAGCCGAGGAGGAACAGGAGGAGGAGGAGGAGGAACAGGAGAUGCAGCCGGUGUGCCGGGACUGGCGCUAGCCCGAGGCGCUGCCUGGCUUUAGCCCGCCGAGGGGCGCGCGAGUCCCGCCAGCUGCCGCCGCCUCUCUCCGCCCGUCCCGUCGGGGGGCCAUGGUGGUGCUGACCCUCUGGAAGCGCUGCUGCCCACCGCCGCUGCCGCCGCCGCCGCCGGAGUGAAGGCGCUGCCUCCUCGGCCCCCCGCCCCCCCCGCUCCUCCCUCCGACCCCCUUCCGCCAUGGAGAUGCCCAACAGCACGACGGCGGCCAACGGCAGCCAGCCGACCAGCCCGGCGCCCGCGGCCACCCUGGGUUACCAACUGUGCACGUCGGUGGUGCUGGGCGCGCUGAUCUUGUUCGCCGUGGUGGGCAACGCGUGUGUCAUCGCCGCCAUCGCCCUGGAGCGCACCUUGCAGACUGUGGCGAACUACCUGAUCGGCUCCCUGGCCGUCACGGACCUGAUGGUGUCGGUGCUCGUGCUGCCCAUGGCCGCCCUGUACCAGGUGCUGGGCAAGUGGACGCUGGGCCAGGUGACCUGCGACAUCUUCAACUCCCUCGACGUGCUGUGCUGCACCUCGUCCAUUCUGCACCUGUGCGCCAUCGCCCUGGACCGCUACUGGGCCAUCACGGACCCCAUCGACUACGUCAACAAGCGGACGCCCCGUCGGGCCGCCGUCCUCAUCAGCCUGACGUGGCUGAUCGGCUUCCUCAUCUCCAUCCCGCCCAUGCUGGGCUGGCGGACCCCAGAGGACAGGGCCGACCCCAACGCCUGCACCAUCAGCAAGGACCCCGGCUAUACCAUCUACUCCACCUUCGGCGCCUUCUACAUCCCGCUGCUGCUCAUGCUGGUCCUCUACGGGCGCAUCUUCAAGGCGGCGCGCUUCAGGAUCCGCAAGACCGUCAAGAAAGCAGACAAGAAGCAGCAGCAGCAUGAGGACUCGGAGAAGGUGGCCGACACCUGCCUGUCAGCCUCCUCGUCCAGCGGAGAGCCCAAGCGGAGCAACGGGGGUCCCCAGCAGCAGGCCAAAAGCUGGAAAAGCUCCGUCGAGCCCAAAGGGCCUGAGGGCCCGUGCGUCAAUGGGGCCCUCCGGCUGGGAGAGGACGGCCCGGUGGCUGCCUUGGAAAUCCUCGAGGUCAACCCGUCCAACUCCACCAAGAGCCACCUGCCCCUGCCCAACCACCAUCACCACCACCACCAUCACCACCACCACCACCCUCCCCAAGGCAGCUCGGGGGCGGCCACGCCGUCGACGGAGCGCAAGAACGAGCCCAAGAACGCAGAGGCCAAGCGCAAGAUGGCCCUGGCCCGGGAGAGGAAGACGGUCAAGACUCUGGGCAUCAUCAUGGGCACCUUCAUCCUGUGCUGGCUGCCCUUCUUCAUCGUGGCGCUGGUCUUGCCCUUGUGCGGCUCGGGCUGCUACAUGCCGGACUGGCUGGGCGCCGUCAUCAACUGGCUAGGCUACUCCAACUCGCUCCUCAACCCGGUCAUCUAUGCCUACUUCAACAAAGAUUUCCAAAGUGCUUUUAAGAAGAUCAUCAAGUGCAAGUUUUGCACGCAGUGACUGGAGCGCAGGGAGGGGCAGCACACACACACAGAGAGAGAUGCUUUUGGGGGGUAAAGUGGGGGGCUGGGAGAGGGGUAGGGUAGGCACUGGGUGUGUGGGUCUUAUCCUCCACCUCACCUCUUCAUGAACUCCCCUCCCCCCAGGCAUCUCCUUCUACCAUGGAUGCUUUGCAGACAUCUGAUGCCCUGUAAUGCCGUCGGGGCUGGGCCAUCUCACCUCUUCUGCGCCAUUUUCAUUGGGCACUGAUGGCUCUUUUAUUUUCGGGAGAGGAGGAGAGGAGGGCGGUGAGCGUCGCCUGGACCCCGCCUUUCCCCAUUUGGGACGCUCGAAUGGAGGCUGCCCUGUGCCUUGGGUCCCAAAACAGACCGGGGCCCAAAGCCAACUGCUCUCGCCCCGCAGUGUUGCUCAUCCGGCGCCCUCGGGGGUCCCUUUUCUGAACUCCUGCUUCAACACCGCGAGGCGGCUCAGGAAGGUAGGAGCGUCCCAGGGAAGCCUGACAGUCUCGUUUGUUGUUGCUCCCGGCCUCGACUCCUUCUCAGAGUUUCCUCCUUACUCCAAACUGUGCAUAGAAACAAUCCGAUCUAGGGGAGCUGAUCUGGGAUUUUGAGGGUGUGUGUUUGCGUGUGGGGGUGGUAGGAUGGGCUGCAGACCUGGAGACUAACCAACCGACCA